GUAUGACUCUUUUAUUUUAAAAACCCUGUUCCUUUUAAGCAUGUUGGGAGGACUUUCGCGACCAGUAGACUAAGCAGAUAGCCUACUACUGAAAGUUAACUUGAACAGGUGAGACGUCACGUGACCACCCGUACACAGAAGUCAUUCAAGCAGUUGAAACGAGUCAUGCCUUGGGAGUUAUUAUUUUUUAUUUAACUAUAAUUCCUAAUGUGUUAUCCCCUAGGGCUGGGUGAUACGAUAUAAUCCUAGGGCCAUAGCGUGUGCCUUGCGAUUGAACACUCGGAAUAAGAAGGAAAGAGAACGAUUUUACCUUACAAAAUGACUUCGAACCAGUUGGCUUUCAUUCUGACAUGUACUUUAUGGAACAGGAUAUCGGUGUGUGCUGGAGAAUCCCUGUGCACCCAAGCCCCAGAGUUUCAGUUGCCCAGUGGAGGGCAGUCUGAGGUGUGGGAGACCCUGGGUUCCUUUGUGGCUCUGAACUGUACAGCCGUGCUGUCCUGGAACCAGACGGACCAACGGUGUGACGCUACCUCCCGGACUCUGCUCUGGAGCAAAGAUGGGACCCCUCUCAACCUCAGCCUUUACCCACAGAACACAUUCACCUGGACUCCCAGCCAAUCCCAAAUGAUUGUGAGCAGUGUGCUGCAGGUCCAGGUUAGAGAGCAGGCUGACUUUGGCCUCUACUCCUGUGAGGUGAGGAACACCUCUGCUGACUUCAGCCUGCAGAAUACCGCCCAGCCCAGCCACACAGCAUCAGUGAUAGCAGCCAUCAGUCUCUUCCUGAUCCUGACUACAGCUGCUGUUGUCUACUCCAGGUGUCGUCUCAAUAUCAAACUCUGGUACAGGAACUCCUAUGGAGACUAUGAGAUCAAUGAUGGGAAGCUGUAUGAUGCCUACUUCUCCUAUGUCAACAACGAAUACGACAGAAAGUUGGUCAACUUCAUCCUCAAACCUCACCUGGUGAACAAAUCUGGACAUAAGCUACACCUCAGUGAUAACAACAUCCUACCUGGGGGUGAGCCGUCUGCUGAGUUCCUGAUGAACGUUAGUCACUGUCGGCGCCUCAUUGUAGUGAUGUCACACGCCUACCUAGAACAGGACUGGUGCUGUAACAACUUUAGACAGGGCCUUCUGCACCUGCUGGAGCUGUCCCAGAGGCCCAUCAUCAUCAUCACAUUGGAGGGUCAGGUCAAACUCAUGAGACCAGAUGUGGUCCAGCAAAUCAGAGAACACCAACACAAACUCACCUUGCUCACCUGGUCGGGAUCACACUCCAUGCUGCCUUCGUCAGUGUUCUGGAAGGAGUUGGCCCUGGCCAUGCCUCAUAGGGUUGUGUUCCACAGCGACACGGCAGGGGACCCCCAGACCCUCUUCCAAGACGAUAAGGACCCCAUGCUCACCCUCAACCCAGACUACCUGGACUGUCGCCCUGACCCUGACCCUGUUGGAGACCUGGGCCUUCCUCUCCCAAUCUACAAGGCACUGGCAUCCAGAGCCCCUGUGCUGCCUAUGUUCCCCUCGGUCCCUGCAUCCCUGACUGAGCCCAAAAUCUCAGAUAUAGAUGUAUCGGACCUGGGAUCGCGCAACUACGGAGCUCGCAAUGACUUCUACUGCCUGGUUACAGAGGACAACAUCUAAGACUGUAUAGCUUCUGAAGAAAAAACAGAGAACAAGAUCUCCGACUUCUACUCUUCACUCUUCACUUCAAUCUGAAUGUAAAACAGGUUCUCUCACCAACACUAUCUACAACUUCCUGGUGUAUGUUUCCAUAUUCAAGCAAGUGUUACAUUUAUUUUAAAUUUUUUUUUUAAGUGAAUAAUUUUGAUCUUUUGGAAUGAGUUUGAUUUGAUCAGUUUAUUGAGUUUAUUAUUGAUUAUUUAUUAUUUUAUUUGACACCUUUCACAUAUAC